CUUGAAAAACUUUAUUAUUAUUAAUCUUCACUCGAGAAAGGAAAGUAAUGCAUAUGCUUGCUGUGUUGUUCAUCGCUUUGGGCUUCUUCUGCAGCCUUGUCGCCGCCAAUAAUAAGCAAGUCGAGAUCCUCAAUAAGUGUGGCAAGACAUUGACGGUGGGAGUGCUCACCAACGGUGCCAGUAAACCGGAACAAUCGUUCGAUCUUACGCCUCACGCAAGCCAGACGAUCAGUAAGCAGGAUACGUGGGGAGGUCGCAUCUGGGGUCGCUAUCAAUGUUCGGGUGCCAAAUCAGCGAAAUGCACUAACCCACCCGGUGCGGACAAUCCUGCUUCACUGGCUGAAUUUUUCUUCAAGGGUGCUUACGGCAAGGACUUUUACGAUAUCAGCUUCGUGGAUGGAUAUAAUUUGCCUAUGAAGAUCGAGCCAAUAGAUCCUAGUCACACCAAAGGUUAUACAUGUGGUGCUCCUGCUUGCAACAAAAUGCCUGACUGUCCACCCGAAUACGCUAUCAAGGAUGCUACCGGCAACGUCGUUUCUUGCCAAAGCUCCUGCUCCAAGACUGGAGCGGCUGAGCAUUGCUGUACCGGCCAGUAUGAUCAUCCUGAGAUCUGUAAGCCUGACCAUCGCUCCAACACUGUCAAGGAUACUUGUCCCGAUGCUUACAGUUUCGCUUACGAUGAUCAAAAGUCGACGUACCAAUGCACGACCCAGAAAUACGUUGUCACCUUUUGUUAAAAGAAAAAAAAAAGAGUAGUAAUAACACUGAUAAAAUUUAUUGAAUGUAAAUCUUCUAUACAAGUGAACAAAAAGUACA